AUGAAUGCACUCGCUAAUGAAAAUUGCUGGGAAGAUGCUUAUGGAAGAGGAGUUGGAAAACCAAUUCAUACAUGCAGACCUGGAUAAGAGCAGAAUGGUGGUUUGUGCUACCCUCUUUGCAAAGAUGGAUACUACGGAGUUGGUCCAGUUUGCUGGUAAAAUUGCCCAAGUGGUUUUACAGACACUGGAGUUGAUUGUUUGAAGCCUCCUUCCUAUGGCAGAGGAGCGGGAUAUACAUCUCAUGAAGAAUGCUACAAAGAUAAUAAAAAAACUGAUUGCGAAAAAUGGGGUGAUCUCUGGUACCCCAAAUGUAAGGACAGCUUCCAUAAUGUUGACUGUUGUGUCUGCUCUCCAGACUGUGUUAAUGGACAAAUCGAUAUCGGAGUUUCUUGCCAGAAAUUAACUUAUGGAAGAGGUGUUGGUGAGCCUCUUGGCUGUUCAAUUGAUGAAGAGGAACAAGCCGCACUUUGCUAUACUCCUUGUAAACAGGGUUAUAAUGGAGACGGACCUGUAUGCUGGCAAUAUUGUCCCUAGGGCAUGCACACUUGUGGGGCUCUUUGCACUGUAAAUGCUGAUGGUUGUACUGAUGAGGUGAAGGAUGUAGUUUCAAAUGUUGUCGGAUCCAAUAAACAUCCUUGA